ACGAAGAUGGUGCUGAAAGUGAAGAAGGAAGCCCCUGCUCCUCCCAAAGCCAAAGCCAAGGCAAAAGCUUUGAAGGCAAAGAAUGCCUUAAAAGGCAUCCACAGCCACAAAGAAAAGAAGAUCCACACAUCACCCACCUUCCGGAGGCCUAAGACACUGAGGCUGCGAAGGCAGCCUAAAUAUCCUUGGCAGAGCACCCCCGGGAGAAACAAGCUUGGCCACUGUGCCAUCGUCAAGGUCCCCCGGACUGCCGAGUCAGCCAUGAAGAAGAUAGAAGACAACAGUACACUUAUGUUCGUUGUUGAUGUCAAGGCCAACAAGCACCAGAGCAAACAGGCUGUGAAGAAGCUGUAUGCCAUGGAUGUGGCCAAGGUCAACACCCUGAUCAGGCCUGAUGGGGAGAAGAAGGCACAUGUUCGGCUGGCUCCAGACUGUGAUGCUUUGGAUGUGGCCAAUAAAAUUGCAAUCCUCUAA